AUGGCGGCAUCCGAUCAGAACAGCGGCUCAUCCAUCUCGGCCUUGAGCAGCGAGCCCGAUAUAAUCGAGAGCUACGAAGAAGAAGUACCCACCGCCAGCCAUGCCCUCGCCGAAGAAAGCAUCCAAGCUGAUGCCGAAAACAAGGGCGCCAGCCAGACCGAGCACGACGAGAUCGAGGUGAAGAACAUUGGAUGGAACAAGGAGCUGCAUCAUGUUCCGCAGCCGGUGGUGGGCGGCAUGAGGAACGAAGAGCUGUGGGUGUUGAUCCGCCGAUUCAACAAGCAGGUCUUUGAGGUGAGGAGCAUCGACAAGGCUCCGCUGGCCGAUCUGGACAUGAACAUUGCAGAGGACGACGUGUUUUCUCCGGAGAAGCUGCGCGCGCAGCUGGAGCGUCUGUACAUGACGGUCAUUGUAUCGGUGAUCUGUCUGUGGAAGCACAUUGUGCGCCUUCGGUCGUGGAGAGAAACGCAGAGAACGGAAACGUUUCUGGCAGUUUACAGCAUUGCGUGGCUGCUUGACCUGCUGGUACCCGUUGGAAUCGCGUUUCUCAUCGUCUUGAUCGCCUAUCCACCGGCGCGGACCAUCUGUUUCCCUCCUGUACCGCCGUCAAUUGUCGACUCCAAAACUGGAGGCGUUCAGAAGCCGCCGUCAGGAGUCCUCGCAUCUGACAACUCCAUCACUGGCGCUCCUGAAAAACACGAAGGGGAAGGCGUUGAACAGGAGGCGCACAGCUUUGUCAAUAGCAUCGCAUCGGUGGUCAUCAGCACGAGCGCAGGGAAGCACCCUCAAGGCGACCCUCACGACGAUAACACGGCUCCAGACCCUACAAACGUUACUGCAGACAUAUCGAAUGCCAAAGAUGCGGCAGAUGGAAAAGGAAUAAAUACAGAGCACGACAGGACAAAGAAGCCUGUUUCCAACAUUGUCUGGGCCAAAACGGGGCCCCUCAUGCACAUGCUUUCGGAGGUGGUUGAUACCUGGGAGCGGUUUGGCAACGCCCUCAGCCCAACGCCCCCAUUCCCUGUCGAGCGGCCGAGAAUAACAUUGGCUGCGUGCCUUUUGCCUCUAUUGCUACUGUCCUUCUUUGUAUCCUCAUACAUGCUAUUAAAAGGCAUCGCAUUUGGCGUCGGGUUUCUCUUUUUUGGCGAUCCCAUCAUCCAGCCAGCGCUGCGAUUCGUCAAUCGCACAUAUCCACGAUGGCAAAAAUUCAUCGAGCUGCGGAACACGAUUCUUCGAGGCAUACCAACCAAUGCGCAGCUUGCAAUUACCUUGUUGCGCGUUGGCGAGAGGAACAAGGUGCCAAUCCCGCCACCACCGUCUUCUGAUUUACCGCCUCCGACCAAGAUUGACCCAGAAGCUGCGGAGCAAGUCGAUAAUCUAGGUGUCACGGAUGAAGAAGCGAGAGAAGCGUUACAUCCCGACUUGGAUCACGCAAAAGAGAUCAAAGACGACAGCCAACAGCGAAAGCCCAAACGGUCUCAUCGGAUUAUCAACUUGCUCAAAGGCACUGCAAAGGGAGGCGUUGAAACAGCUCUCACCGCCGACAAAGCCAAGGCCGCUGUUGGCGCUUCCCAGGCACGAAAUCGACUGGGUGUCGUGAACAAACGGCCUGAUGAGCGACCUUCUGGCCCAAUCUGCUUCCCCGCUCGCUGUGGCGGCAAAAAAGGCCAUGCCUACAUCACAGCAACGGCUACAAGCCCUGCGCUGAGUUGGACCUCCAAGAUUGAGGACGUCAACCCAGCGUGGACAGUAGCAAUUGAUGAUAUUAGCCAGCUGAAGAAGGUUGGAGGUUUGGGGUGGAAGAGCAAGAUUGUGGUCGGAUGGGCGACACAGCGAGAAGUUGUGGAUGGACUGGUUGUGAGGACAAAAGACGGACAGGAGCAUCACUUGACGGCCGUCAUGAUUCGCGACGAGCUGUUUAAUCGUCUGAUUGCUAUGGGUCAUCAGAUGUGGGAGGCGUGUUGA